AACUGCGAUGACAGAGAUUACGAGUGUAUAAAAGGAGAUCCAUGUCGGCUUCAUGUCAAACUUGUGCAUUACUUUGCGUCAUACAGUGUGCUUCAUACAAUGUCUUUCUGGUCAUUACUCCUCUGUUUCGUUCUUCUGUCGACAAGUGGAAUACAAGCUAGCGCACUGGAACCUUGGAGCCAGCAAGCUGAGUUUGAUUCCCGAUUCAGAAAUUACACAUAUAAUUUAUCGAAUGGAACGCUUUCCUGUCGAUGCUAUAAAAAUCUAACCGAUGCGGAGCUAGAAAAUUAUCCACCAGGUAAAGAAAGGUGUCCUAAAUGCGAAUGGGUGCGAUGAUCUGAGAAGAAGAUGAGGAAUGUGAAGGAACGGGACAAGUGAUUUGCUCUAGACGUCACAUAUCUCAUUCUGUGAAUGCUUUUCAUUCUGAUUAUUCACAAAUACACUUUAAUGUAAAUUACGAUAAUAAAUCUUCAAUUUUAUUAACAACAGUCAA